CCUGUUGGAUCAUUUCCUGUGAAGAAUAAAAAUACACUUUUACCAGUCCUGCUAGACCAGUUAUGUCUAGCUCUCGGUGCGACAAUGAAACCCCAUUUUAUUUAAAGGACGUUGUCGUUUAAGUUUUUGUUCAUGAAUAAUAGACACCUUCAUGUCCAGACGGCCGGUGCUGGUGAGCUAACUAGCCCCGUAGGUGGCUGACGUGAGCUAGUAUGUCGCUGUCGCUCCCAUCCACCGACAUGCUUGAGACACCUCCGGGAUAUCCAUUUGAGGAAAUUAAUUAUGAGGACAUUGAAGUAGAGGAGGUAGUCGGCAGAGGGGCUUUUGGAGUGGUUUGCAAAGCCAAGUGGAAAGGCAAAGAUGUUGCUAUCAAGACCAUUGAAAGUGAAUCUGAGAGAAAAGCCUUUAUUGUUGAGCUACGGCAGCUUUCGCGGGUAAAUCAUCCUAAUAUUGUGAAGUUGUAUGGCUCCUGCAGUAAUCCAGUCUGUCUUGUAAUGGAAUAUGCUGAAGGAGGAUCGCUGUACAACGUGCUGCAUGGUGCUGAACCGCUCCCCUCUUACUCCGCUUCCCAUGCCAUGAGCUGGUGUUUACAAUGUUCCCAGGGUGUGGCCUAUCUCCAUGGCAUGAAACCAAAGGCUCUGAUCCACAGGGACCUCAAGCCACCUAAUUUACUGCUUGUGGCUGGUGGCACCGUACUCAAGAUAUGCGAUUUUGGAACAGCCUGUGACAUUCAGACUCAUAUGACAAACAACAAAGGAAGUGCAGCGUGGAUGGCUCCGGAGGUAUUUGAAGGUAGCAAAUACAGCGAGAAAUGUGACGUGUUUAGCUGGGGUAUAAUUCUCUGGGAGGUGGUCACACGUCGGAAGCCCUUUGAUGAAAUUGGAGGACCAGCUUUCCGUAUUAUGUGGGCAGUGCACAAUGGGACAAGGCCACCUUUGAUCAAGAAUUUACCCAAACCUAUUGAGAAUUUGAUGACGCGCUGCUGGUCCAAAGACCCCUCUCAGCGGCCUUCCAUGGAGGAGAUUGUGAAAAUCAUGACUCAUCUCAUGCAGUACUUUCCAGGAUCUGAAGAACCCCUGCAAACGCCAUAUCAAUAUUCAGAUGAUGGGCAGGGCAAUUCUGCAACGAGCACGGGUACAGCAAUAACUUUCGCUUAUGUGAUACCAUAUACACUCACCACAUGUCUGAGAUUAGCGGGAAUAUAUUUUUCAAUUGGCCAGAUGUAUAAUGUAUUGUCAUUUAACACGAUGCAUACCAGGAUUUUGAAUGGACCUAGACACGCCAGAACCGGAGACCCUUUGAGGACGUUGCCUCUUUCCAGAGGGGGUAGUUUUGAGAGUCUGCCUGCUCGAACACAGGGCUUGAUAUCCUCUGACAAUAAACGAAUGAGUGCUGACCUGUCAGAGUUGGAGCCCAAAAUAGGAUUUGUCCCACCAGCACGCCCGCAGUAUAAACGAGGCCAUCGUAAAACAGCAUCUUUUGGCACCAUUCUGGACGUUCCCAAGAUCGUCGUCACAGCCACAUGUGAGCCUCAGAGGCGCCGCUCUGUACAGGAUUUGCCAGGGAUUGGCACGGAAUCCACCCAGGGAAGUCGGAACAGUAGCCGAUCUUCGAGUCCCAGUUUGAGGAUGAUGCUGCCCGAAAAGGCAAACAGCAGAGGUUACUUCUCCCCCGAUGACCCCACAGACACCAACGGCUCGGACAAUUCAAUUCCAAUGGCUUACCUCACCCUUGACCAUCAACUGCAGCCACUUCCUCCUUUCCCCAACUCGAAAGAGUCCAUGGCCGUUUUUGAGCAGCAUUGCAAAAUGGCGCAAGAGUAUCUGAAAGUGCAAACAGAGAUCGCCCUGCUAAUCCAGAGGAAAAAGGAACUCUUUGCUGAACUGGACCAAGAUGAGAAGGACCAGCAGAACACGUCCCGUCUGGUGCAGGAACACAAAAAACUACUGGAAGAGAACAAGAGUCUGUCCACAUACUACCAGAAGUGCAAAAAACAGCUGGAGCUGAUUCGGGUCCAGCAACAGAAGAGACAGGGAACUUUGUGAUAUGGACACCUGGUCUCCUGCGUAAAGUCAAAUGCGUGUGCGCAAACACACAACACACACACACACACACACCAGUUCAGUGCUGGUAUACCCUGCAUGUCACACUGUAGUGUCUGCCUCUGUCCAGCAGAAAGGUGUCUUCUGUACAUAAUAUUUGCACAUACUCACAGUAUAAUCUGUGACUGCAGACCAAACAAUCACUGCAUCCCGGAGCCUCCACAGGGCUUCGGUAUGGAGUUUUGCUUUCUAUUGCAGCUGAGUGUGACAGCAGGUUGGUGAGGGUGGUUUGUGUAUUUUACAGGUUGCUCUCAGGGCCUCAUAGGCAGACCAGUUGAUGGAUUUUUUUUUUUUUUUCAUUCCUUAAGCAUUCUCUGGUACCCUUUUAGCAGCCGAUGGCGAAAUCGUCCUCGAGAAUGUGAAGAAGAAAAAAAAAAAGCAAGGCUGCUCUUCAACGUGAUCGCGUGCGGAAUUCAUGGAAUGUUUAGAAGGAUAAUUGGCACCUAUUCUACGAAGUGUGUGUGGAUGCCGUCCCCCGCCCUUAGGUGUAGCAGUGUAUUUAUAUUCAACCUCUCUUUUUCUAUUCAGCAUUGUCCUGGCAGAGACCAUGAUGAAUUACUUCGGGGACUUUACAUUCAGUAUUUGGUUCAGAGAUGGUUGUUUCUUGGUCAUACGUUUGCGUUCCUUAGAAAAAGAACAACUCUCUGCGUGUCCACCAGGAUGCAAAAAAAACAAAACAACAACACCCGAUAACCUUUCCGAGCAAAUAAGAGAAGCUGUGGAUUCCACAUUUUAAACAUUUUUAUAUUUGAUCUAAACAUUGUUUUGAAUUUUUUUUUUUUGUCUUUUUCUAUUUCACAGUCAUUUGUUAGUUUUGACGUUUUAUGGGGUGCGGGAUUUCUGAAGUAAGAGGCUUCUAGAGGCCCAUACAUACCGUUUUUAGUUCACGUGUUGCCUUAGAACGUGCCUGCAUUUUUCAGUGCUUGACUUGUUUUGCGUGGCGAUUAGUGAAAAAGUGGAAAAAAGGCAAAGUAAUGGACAUUGGAUGAAUUGUACUCAAACGUCGUUUUAAUUCUAUGAAUUCAUACCCCUCAAGUAUUUUUGCACAAUCACUGUUUUAUCUGUCAAGUACAAAUCAGUAAUUACAAUUUUAAAACACUUGGCAAGUCAUUAAAAAUGAUGCAUUUUGUCCAUGCACAUCUA